GUCAGAAAACUGACCUCCCAGCAUGUCACUCUCUACAAAGAGAGGAUCUAAGGGAGCAGGACUGCAACAUAAAAAGACAGAAAAGCAAUCAACCAUCUGCUUGCAGCAAAUUAAAGUAGAUCCUUCAGAAGAUGAAGCUGUUGAGAAAGCAAGUGACAACAGGACAGCAACACAUAAAGAUCCAGAUUCCAAACCUGCCAUGACAAAGAAAAGAAAGCAGCCUACAGAAUGUUUUCUAAGUCAGCCAGAAGAAAAACAAGAGACUUCUGUAAAGGCAAAGAAGAGAAGGAAGAAGAAAAUUUCUGAUAUUUUGGAAAAGUCUGCUCCAAAACCUGGUGUUCCUGCAGAUCUACAAAAUCUGCUUAGCCAGCAUUUUGGUGAAAACCGUUCAGUGAUUGAAAUAGAGGAAUUAAAGCUGUCAGAUUCCUGCUUUUUGCCAGCCAAUGAUCUCACCCACAGUUUUUCUUCAUACCUGAAGGAAAUCUGUCCUAAGUGGGCAAAACUCCGUAAAAACCACAAGGAGAAGAAGUCAGUGGUGAUGCUGGUUAUCUGCAGUUCUGCCCUUCGUUCCUUGGAACUCAUCAAGUCAAUGACAGCAUUUAAAGGAGACUGUAGAGUUCUCAAGUUGUUUGCAAAGCACAUAAAGAUUAAAGAACAGUUGAAUAUGUUGGAGAAAGGCGUGUUCCACAUUGGGGUUGGAACUCCUGGGAGAGUAAAAGCGCUAGUGGAGCAAGAUGGCCUGUGCUUGGACUCCACAAAAUACAUGAUUCUGGAUUGGAACUGGAGAGAUCAGAAACUAAGGAGAAUGAUGGAUAUACCUGAGAUAAAGAAAGAAACAAUUGACCUACUGGAGAUGAGUAUUAUAAAGCUGUGCAGAGAGGGGUCUGUGAAGCUGGGACUCUUUUAAUGAUUUUACCAACAAGGAAAUAAUUUGCAGCUGCAUUUUACUAUUAUCUUGCCUGCAGUUGGAAAGUGAUUAACAGGUGGUGGAAUCAAGAAUUUUGACUUUUCAGAGGUCUGUCAAUAUGGAAAGAAUGCACAUUGCAACUUUUUCUGAAUUUUGUUUUAAUAGUAAAACAGAAGUUCCA